UAUAGCGAGUGUCCUGGUUUCAGCACUGCAGGUCGUUAACAGCUCCAACAACACCAGAGGAGAGCGGAGAUUUGAAAAGCCCCUCCCCGCCCAAGUAACAACCAGAGCGGGUAGAGUCCAAGCGCAGCCCUGUUGUCAGUUUCAGCACCACCAGCAAGGAAGAGCAGAGCUGUCCAAACAUCCAGCAGUUUGUGACCGCUAUCGUCGGUUGGAUCAUCCACACAACACAACACCCCCAAGACAGCUAUAACCGGGAGUCAUCUAGCGGAAAAUAGCCUACAGCCACCGAUUGAGUGGAUAUUUUAUUUCAGAAUGGCGUCCAAAGGAAUGGGAGUUCUCCUUCUGCUCGGGAUUUUUGCUGUGACUGUCUCCCAGAUUUCUGCUUUUCCCACACCUGCCGAGGAUGAUAAAGCUGUAGUUUACAACAGACGACUGACUGAGGAGAGACCAAUCCAGGAGCAGAUUGCAGAGGCAGAUGAUGUGAAAGCAGCAGUGGAGUCUGCAGACACCAAACCUGCUGUGGAGCCUAAAGAGGUGAAAGAGGCAGAACCAGAACAAGAGAACGAUGACUUCACUCUGCUCAAGUCCCUGGCCGAAGGUCAAAGGUCAAAAGAGACCAAUGAGACGCCGGUCAGACAGAGCCUGGAGAAGGAGCCUUACUUUCCAGACGAAUCAGAUUCUACCAAGAACCGCCGGCUAGUCGAAGACUAUGACUCAACAAAGAUGGAAAACGGCAAGUACCAAG